AAGAUUUAAUCUCUAUCAUUUCAUAUUAUAUAUUAUUUAAAUGAAAGUUUAAUGGUUAAAUUUCAAUCUAUGAUUUUGUGGCACAACAUAUCAUAAUGACAAUAAGUUUGUUAAUAAUAGCAAUAGUAUCAUUAAGAAAAUAUACCAUUCAACGUUCCUCCAAAAAAGAAAAAGAAUGCCGUUGAAUCUCAAAAAGAAAAAAGAAGAUACCGUUCAAUAAAUCCCUUAAAUAAGAAUUAAUUUCCCUAAAAUUAAAAUCUGGAAGUCACGCUUCCCCGCACGUCCCCACCCAAACAACGGUUCUGCACAGCGUGUGUUACUGCUUAUGCAAAAACCACAAUAGCUAUCCAUACUCGCACCUAACGUCUACCCGCUCAAAGUAGACAUCUUGGGACACGUGUUUAUCGGAUUCAGCGAAUAUCAUAGCUUUCUGCGAGUACAAAUUCACUCGCCUUCCCCUACGGCUAGACGAUUACUACUCUUUACAAAUUCCAUUUCCCGCCAAAAAGAAAAAAAAGAUUAAAGAAAAAAUUUGGACGUGAUAUUUGGAUUCAAGUUCACUUUGAAAACCGCAAGCAGUACUCCUCCUUGCUUAUAUAUACUACUGCUCUUUCCUCACAUUUCCAAUUUCUCCAUUUCAAAAGAGAAAGGAAAGAUUUUAUUAGUAAAAUUCGCUUUGUUCCUCUCUAUAUCUAAUUAGCCAUGAAAGGACCUAGAAAUGCUGUGAUCGCUCAAAAGAAGCCUUCCUCUAAGGUGCUUAAGGCACGAAAAGCUGAGAGCAAACCUGGAAAGGAAGAAGCGAGCAGCAGGAAGAAGAAGAAUGUUUCGAAGGAUACUGAUGCUCCAAAGCGUCCUGCUUCUGCGUUCUUCAUUUUCAUGGACGAGUUCAGGAAGUACUUCAAGGAGAAAUAUCCUGAUAACAAAGCUGUCUCUGCUGUGGGGAAAGCUGGUGGUGAGAAAUGGAAAUCUCUCUCUGAGACUGACAAAGCUCCAUAUCUUGAAAAGGCACUAAAGCGAAAAGCCGAGUAUGAGAAAGUUCUUGAAGCUUACAAGCAGCAGAAAUUUAAUAACAAUAAUAAGAAUAAUGGAGGCAAUGAAAAAUCUGAGGAAGAAUCUGAGAAAUCCACUUCUGAAGUUAACAAUGAUGAUGAGCAGGAAGCCAGUUCUUAGAACUUUAGCUUUUACGUUGGCCUGUUUCUCUAUCAAAUAUGGCAGGCUGGCCUUGGAGAUGGAUUUGUACAGAUGCAGAAAGGAAACAAGUAGUAAAUGGAUGGCAUACCAUUAGAAGUAGAUGUGUCCUUAGCAUAUAUAGUACCUUUUACUUCGUGUUUUUGGGGUGUUGCAGAUCAAAAUAAAUUUUUCUCUUGUUUCUUGUUUGUUUGUGAUUUUUCAAGUAGUGAAGAAAAGAAAGCGAUGUGAAUCUCUGUUAAUUUGCUUUCUUGUAAUGACACUGUUAUUCGUUUUCCUCGUGAAUCAAAGUAACACUUGGAAGGGCAAUUGUGAAGAACGCCUCAUAUUUUUCUUC